AUGUUUGGACAAGCAAAUACAUCAGCAUCAACUCCAUCAUUUGGAUUUGGAGCCAAUAACAACACAACAAACAGUGCCAGUGGUGGAUUGUUUGGAAGUAAACCAGCUGCUCCUACAUCAGGUACAGGUGUGGCUGGUAUAAGUGGUAGUGGAGGACUUUUUGGAAAUUCAAAUUCAGUUCCUGCUCCUGGAGGUCUCUUUGGAUCUGCUACUUCAAAUACUACUAAUUCAAAUACUACUGGUGGAACUGGAUUGUUUGGAUCUGCAAGUACGACAAAUACUUCAAGUACAAAUACUGCUGGUGGUUUAUUCGGUGGUGCUUCUAAUAAUACUGCUACUGGUCCAACUUCUGGUGGAUUAUUUGGAAAUAAACCAGCUACAUCAGCUCCAAGUGGAGGAUUAUUUGGAAGUUCAAAUACUAAUCCAACUGCAUCAAAUACAACUACAAGUGGUGGACUCUUUGGUAAUACUGUUAAUACCGGAACUACAGGUGGUCUCUUUGGAGGCAAACCUGCUGGCACAACCAGUACAGGAUUAUUUGGUAGUAAUACAAAUACAGCUGCUCCAUCUGGUGGUCUCUUUGGUGGUAGUAAUACAGGAAAUACCAAUACUACGGGAGGUCUCUUUGGAGGAAAUACAUCAAACACAACCACUGGAGGCGGUCUUUUUGGUUCAUCAAAUACUGGAACUACUACCGGAGGAUUAUUUGGAUCAUCACAACCUCAACAACAACAACAAAUACAGCAACAGCAACAACAACCACAAUUAACUGCCAUGACUAGAGUAGGAGAUUUACCACCUAAUAUCAAACAACAAUUGGAACAGUUCGAUAAAUAUAUAAAUACCCAGCAUUUAAUCUCAACCUCCUUACAAUCAGAUUAUUCUAAACAUGAUGAUUUAAUCAAUUCCAUACCGAAAGAUAUAAAUUACUUACAUAACAAAAUCGUAUCCACUAAACAAGCCCUUAAAUUUGAUACCAAUCAAUUAGCUUUCCUUAAAGAAUUAAAUAAUGAAUUAACGGAUGAUAUAUCUAAAAUAAUGCAAUUGAUCUUGCAGUUAUCUACUCCAGGUACCAAAUUAUCAUCAUCAUUUCAAUUGAAUGAAUUUUUCAUUAAGAAGAUUAAGAAAUAUCAUGAGAUUUUAAAUCAAUAUGAAAUUUUAGCUAAUGAAUUAAAUCAAAUUUUAUCAGGUUUGGAAAGACUGUGUAUUGAAGGGUUUGGGAAUUUAUUUAAUAUCGUCCAAGUUAUAAAAUCUCAAUAUGGUUUAUUCAUGGAAUUAUGUGAAAUAAUGGCUCAAUUACAUAAUGAAACUAAUAAACUUUCUAAAAAGUAG